AUGGCAUCUACUUACUAUGAAAAGCUUUCUGUUGAAGACAAAAAACGGUAUGAUGAAAAAUUAACUCUCGCAAAUGGCACAAAGCUAGAAGAUCCUUUCACGCUAGAGAGUGGAUGGACCGACGACAUAACAAAGCUUCCUAAUGUUGCUUGGGAAGGCAUAACAAAGUACCUUGUUGAGUCCCCAAGCACAUUCACAAAUGAAUCGCGGAAGCUAGACAUUAUGACUUGCUUCUUACAGGUGCUGCCCAGUCAACGACAAGGAAAAUCUGCCAAGUUAUAUGAUGUUUGGGUGGCAAUUAACAAUCAACAUGGAUGGAUUCUCACAGCAAACUGUACCUGCAUGGCAGGAUUGGGAUCUGCCUGCAGUCAUAUAGCAGCUUUAUUAUUUAAGCUUGAAGCUGCCACCCACUACAAGCUAAAUGAGGAAGUUUCUUGCACCAGCCAGUUGUGUUCAUGGAAGGCAAGCAAAGACAAGUCAACCCAGCACCCAUAA